AGCUAAAUGGAGUCUGUCGGGAAGAACGAAAAUUUCCUGGUAACGAAGUCGGUACCUGUCAUAGUUAAGCCGACAUCGAAAACAAAUGGCGGGCUCUUCUUCUUGUCCAAUGUAGACCAGUACCAAUGCCACGUAAUCUCUACAGUGUAUUCCUAUAAACCAACCACAAGAAGCAGUGAUAAUGUAUUUGAAGUGAUCAAACAAGCAUUGGCUGAGGUAUUAGUCCACUACUACCCGCUCGCCGGGAAGCUUACAGCCGGUUCAGAUGGGAGACUAGUCGUUGAAUGUACAGGAGAAGGUGUACCAUUUAUUGAAGCAACCACAACUCAUGAGCUUGAAGCCUUAGGUGACCUUACUAAGUCAAAUUUUGGAAUACUAGGACAACUUGUUCAUACCUUUCCUCCUACCAAAAGCAUUUUAGAAGUACCUCUACUAGCAAUUCAGGUGACCAGGUUUAACUGUGGAGGAUUUGUUCUUGGAGUAGCAAUAAACCACAGCAUGGUUGAUGGACUAUGUGCCAUGGAAUUUAUAAGUUCAUGGGCAGAAAUUGCAAAAGGCUCACCAAUAACUGUCCUGCCUUUCCUUGACAGAGCGAUAAUGAAAGCAAGAGAACAUCCUAAGAUUGAAUUCCCUCACAAUGAGUUCUUUCAGAUAAAAGAUAUGCCAAAGAACAUUACUGCAUCUCAAGAUCAAAAUUUUUUGAUAAAAUCUUUCAACUUCAAUGUGGAAAGAUUGGAACAACUGAAAAGAUCAGCCAUGGAAGAUGGGCUAAUAGAGAGAUGCUCUAGCUUUGUAGUGGUAGCAGCUUAUACAUGGCGUAUCAUGACUGAAUCACUUAAGAUGGAAGCCGACGAAAUGACAAAGCUUGUAUUUCCAAUAGAUCUCAGAUCAAAAUUCAAUCCUCCAUUUCCAAAAGGAUACUUUGGCAAUGCCAUCUUCCACACUGGUUGUCUUUGCAGUGCAGGCGAAUUAACGAGUAAACCAUUGUCAUUCGUGGUUCAAAUGGUGCAAGAUUCAAUCAAAUUGGUGACAGAGGACUAUGUGAGAUCUGCUAUUGACCACUAUGAAGUGAACAGACAAAGGCCUAUGGCUACAUAUACACUUUUUCUGUCAACAUGGAGCAAAUUGGAUUUCCUCACUACUGACUUUGGGUGGGGGAAACCUAAUCAAUUUAUGCUUGGAAAUCCAGGAUCUAAUUUGUGUUUUAUCCUCCCUCAAGAGGAAGGCAAGAAGGAUGUGGAUAUCUUGGUGGUCAUGAAAGAAUCUCUCAUAAAUACCUUUGAAGAUGUUAUCCAACUCUGAUCCAGAGAAAGGACAUGCAUUUGAUGGAUGCUUGUGGAAUAAUGAUCUAUAUGGACUCCCCUAGCUAGCUCCCCUUUUGAUUAUUGUUCCCUCCCCCACCCAAGCUUUUAAUGUAUCAUCUUUUUUAGAUGUUUAACUCUUUUGUUUAGGGGCCCUCCCUUGGUUUGCCAGUUUGCCUUUGCUUGUUUUCUACCCUU